AUGUCAGCCUCUCAGCCUCUCCAGGUCACGCAGCCGACCUUUAUCAAUCUCCCACAGCCACCUUCGAAUCCAGAUACGCCAUCGGAGACUCCAGGCACCCCAACAAGCACCACGACUUCUCUCUCCGCCGUGUCAACGACAGCAAUCAAGGACGGCCACCGCGGCGGCCAUAUCCCUCCACUUCUCCUCAGCGGAGGCGCCGUAACCGGCAGCACCAGCAGCACCGGCAGCGGCCAGCGCGUCGGCCACCAACACAAUGCAUCGACCAACAGCCUCGAGGCCGAGCGCGCCGACCGCAUCUCCCGCCUCGCCGGCCUCUCUGGCAUGACCACCCUGCGACCCACCUAUGCGCCCAAUCGAGGCAGCGUUACAAGCGGCGGCGGUGGAGGCGCUGGUAACCGCUUCAGCAGUGGGGUUUCCUCCACUCAAACAACACCUACUUCUUCGGGCGCUGGUGGCGGUGGUGGCGCUUUUAUGUCGAGCGGCAUGGCUGUCCCAGGUCCUCUGACACCCGCCUUUUUUGAUGCCCAGGGCCAGCCUGUCGCCAUCACCAAAAUGAGCACGGUGGGCACCGCCAGCGCGACGAACAGCGUCAGCGGCCGCACGCUCGGCGACGGCGACACCGUCGACGGUUCGACCAUGACCGAGGACGACGAUAUGGACGACGACGACAUCCGUAGCAUGGGCACCAACUACCACUACAGCGGCAGCACAGGCCACGGUGCUGUCGGCGACACUAUGAUGAUGCUGGACGAUGACAACCUCGAUACGGCCAGCCGCUCGGCCGGCGGUUAUGGCUAUGAAUUCGACCGCAUGAGUGACGACGGCACUGCCAGCCUCGUCGGGUUUGGAGAGGGCGCCGGCAGCACCGUGUCGGGCCCCAUCUACCACCGCCGCCCGUUGCCGCCGACCACGUCAUCGGCCGGCGCCAUGGCUGCCAACAACGCCAUGACCUGGGCCACGACACUCGAGCGCACUAACUCGGGCCUCAGUGAUGUGGCUGUUAUGGGAAGUACCAGCGGCGCCAGCACCACAGCCGGCACACCGGUUACGUCGCUACCUUCGCUCGGGGCCGGGUUGGGGAGCGGCGGAAGUGGUGGCGGCAACGGCUUGAACAUGCGCCGCGAGUUCGUCCGCUCGCCACUCGAGCAUUUCCGCGACAUGAGUGGUGGUGGCAGCAGCAGCAAUCUGAGCAACAACAGCGACAGCGGAAACGCGGUGCUUUCUUCACACGAUGCGCGUCUCAUUGAUGGCAUGGCCUUGACGGCUGCCGAUGACGACGUGUUUGUCGAUACUACCGGUCGCGGGCCGGUCCCUGUGGGUGGCAGUCCAGCUAACGCAGCCAUGUCAAAUUCAGCGGCGGCUGCUGCAUCCGCUCCUCCGCCGUUGAUGGGCUCGAUCAUCCAGGCGCACCCUAGUGCCUUGCGCGAGACACAACGGCCGCGGUCUCAUCAGCAGCAGCAACAGAACCAGUACCACAAUCACAACCACAAUCGCAACCACGGCCACAACCAAAGCCAAUCAUAUGGCGGCGGCAUGUCCCGCGAGCACGAAGCCACCGAGCAGCCCUUACAAAGUGUCCAGAACGCAGCUCAUGAGUUCGACGACCAGCAAGCGGGCAGCAGUGGAGGCGGUCCCCUCGGUAGCUUCGAUUUUGAAGAGCGCCGGUAG